GGGGGUCAAGAUGGCGGCGCCAUUGAGGAUUCAGAGCGACUGGGCACAAGCUCUCAGGUGAAACCAGGAAGGAUGAAGGGGAGGCGUGGCUGAGCUGUCAUCCCCCAGGGAAACCAACUUUGUAUGGCAGCCUAACUUGUCAAGGAAUUGGUCUAGAUGGCAUCCCAGAGCUUAUAGCUUCAGAAGGAUUCAUUGUGAAUGAAAUAAACAAGAAAAGCAUUCAUAUUUUAUGUCCAAAGGAAAAUGCAUCUUCGAAGUUUUUGGCACCAUACACUACUUUUUCCAGAAUUCAUACAAAGAGUAUAACAUGCCUAGACAUUUCCAGUGGAGGAGGCCUUGGUGUAUCUUCUAGUACUGAUGGAAGCAUGAAAAUCUGGCAGGCUUCUAAUGGAGAACUCAGAAGAGUAUUGGAAGGACAUGUGUUUGAUGUGAAUUGUUGCAGGUUUUUCCCGUCAGGCCUUGUGGUUCUGAGUGGGGGAAUGGAUGCCCAGCUGAAGAUCUGGUCAGCUGAAGAUGCUAACUGUGUGGUGACCUUCAAGGGUCACAAAGGAGGUAUCCUGGAUACAGCCAUUGUUGAUCGGGGAAGGAAUGUAGUAUCUGGCUCUCGAGAUGGGACAGCACGACUUUGGGACUGUGGGCGCUCAGCCUGCCUGGCAGUCCUUGCAGACUGUGGCUCUUCUGUCAAUGGAGUGGCUGUCGGUGCUGCUGACAAUUCCAUAAACCUUGGCUCACCCGAGCAGGUGCCCAGUGAACGGGAGAUUGGAACAGAGUCAAAAAUGCUGUUAUUGGCCCGGGAAGAUAAGAAGCUUCAGUGUUUAGGACUACAGAGCAGACAGCCAGUGUUCCUUUUUAUUGGCUCAGACGCCUUCAACUGCUGCACUUUUCUUUCUGGCUUCUUGCUGUUGGCCGGGACACAGGAUGGAAACAUUUAUCAGCUGGAUGUGAGGAAUCCAAGGGUUCCAGUACAAGUCAUCCACAGAUCAGGAGCUCCAGUUCUGUCACUGCUAAGUUUCAGAGAUGGAUUCAUUGCUAACCAAGGUGAUGGAAGCUGUUUCAUUGUACAGCAAGACUUAGACUAUGUCAUUGAGCUCACUGGGGCCGACUGUGACCCUGUUUACAAGGUAGCCACAUGGGAGAAGCAAAUCUACACAUGCUGCCGAGAUGGUCUCGUACGACGCUAUCAGCUCUCAGACCUCUGAUGCCUUGGAGGGAAGAUUCCCCAGAUGUUAAGAAACACUGACUGACCCUGAUAAUCCGUGAACAAAAACAUCAUUAGUCUUUCCUAAGGACCGUGGCCUUUUGUUGUCAUGGGCACCUUUUGCAAGUCCCAAGAAGUCAGCUACUUGUGGACCUAUCAUGCCAUGACAAGACCUUGUUUGGACAGAGUAAGAAGAUUGUUUGUGCUACUGCAUUUGCCUCAAUUUGUUUAAACUCUUUCCUGCAACACACUGCAAGGAUAUGGAUGCUUGUGGUUUGAUCUCAUACCAAUUGUGUUAAAUGUUUACAAGUAUCAGAGGACUAAAGCCUGUUCUCUGAAGCAAAUAAAGAGAAUAUGUUUGAAGGAAUCUAAAUUUAAAAGAAUUUGUUAUUCUGAUGCCAACAAGAAGCCCAUCAAGCUAAUGGAACUCCUUUUCUGGUCACUUCUUCACGCCUGGUCACAGAGAACAGAGCUUGGCAAGAGCAGUAAAUAAUCCAUAAGCAGCAACCUGGAGAAUAUUCUUAUAAUAGGUGGAAUAACCAGCUUUCCUGGUUUUCCUUAGACUACAGGGCUUUCUUCUGUGUGGAACUUCCUUUGCCAAGUAAGACCAGGGCUGCUUGAGGCAAAUUGAUAUGGUUGGUUAGCCCUAUGCCAGUGAUGAAGUUGAAUCACAAUCAUCAUAAAGGCAGUGCCUAUCAAAGUAUGGUCCCUGGAAUAAAAUUCUUGGACCCCACCCCAAACUUGAUUCAGAAAUUCUGUCUGUAUUUUGACACACUCUGCAGGUCAUUUUGAGGUACACUGAGGUUCAAGACAUAGAAGAAGAAAUGGCAAAGGACUCUAUUCACCGCUGGG